UAUACUUUAUGCAUGUUUCGUAGUGUUACUUGAAAAAUACGCGGUCUGUCAAAUUUCCAAAUCUGGCAAAAUAUCACCAUUACUUGCUUGCAUACUUCUCUUUUUGCGCAAUUUUUUAUGUAAGGACCAUGUUGUAACAAUAAAAUAAUACUUUACGUGAGAUUGAUUCACGUAACAUUGUCGAUGCGACCACAAUGCAACGGCGGUCACUGGCUGCGUCCCUUGUGGUACAUAAAAAAUGCAUCACUCGUGCUUUGCAACGUGACGUUUGUUCCACGUACAUUGCCAUGUCCUGUACGAGGCAGGACUGACUGAUCUUUUUUGCUGUUAGCUUUGAAGUUACAUGACUUUAAAGUUACAUAUUUACUUUACAAUUAUUUUACAUCGCAGUAGAAUUCACGCUUAAAAGCUCGCAAAGCUCUCGGUGUAGCUUAGGUUUUAAGCACGACUCUUUCGAGUUAUUACAUAGGGAAAAGUUGACUUUGGAAUUUGAGAUAUCAAUGUUAACUUUUGCGGAUCAUCUUGUUUACGUAACUUGUGAAAUGGAAUUACACAGCUCGAUUGAAUCAAUAUUAUUUAGCAUAGUGAAAGAUAUUGUGACAGCGAAUGCGAAUUGGGAAAUUGGAAAACAUGCCACUGAUUGACAGAUUGCUAAUAAUGAUUCGCGCUAUUAAUUAAUUUACGAUUAAUUAGCACGGUACAUAUGAUUCAUAGGGUUAUUCCAGUAACUCACUUGCGUUCCUGAUAACGGGACAACUGUGCAGCGAGUUAUUUACAACUCCGAGAUGGGAAACGUUACACGUUGCAUCGGGAUAGAGAUACAUUGUGUACAGCACUAAAAGCAAAGUUUUAUUCCGAAGCCUCACAUCUGCCUGAUCUAGGUCUCCCGUUAAAAAUUGCACGUCAAGGUCCAAAAGUUCUCUCUCGCUCGAUCGAGAGCGCAAGAUCCUUGUUCAAAUUCCGUGGAUUUGAAUUUUGAAACGGGCGGGAGUUGAGGUCUCACGCCAAUCGCGUGCUACGUCCGCACCUGCGAUAAGCGCCCCCUCUCCAUCACACAUACCCACACGCGCGCGCGCGCGCACAUGCAUACACGUACUCAGCAAUGUUGAUUCCCCCACGCCGAGUCCCUCCACUCUGCCGAUACCGAACCGAGUCCUGCUCGGUCCUCGGUUAGGUUCAGUCCGUGGUGCGCCGCCGGCGAGUGAAGUGCUCCGUUCUACGCGCAGGGAAUCCGUUGUCGGUCUCGCUGUCGGAGUGGCGCACGAGCGAGCGUGUGUUAAUGCGUCCGCUGUAGAACAGAGGGGGGAGACAGUGUGGGUUCCUCCCGGUGCACGUCGACUGAUCAUCAGCGAGAGAUUUUCACGAGAGGCGAUAACGUGCAUCCGGGGACUGCUGGGUGGCUGCGCCGUAAGGAGUUAACUUCCUCUUACCAAACGUGACGACGAGGACGACGUUGGCGACAAGGAGGAGAACGAGAAGAAUAUCACUGGAUGAGAGAGUAGACGACAAAAAGAACAGAUCGAGAAAGAGAGGAAGGAAAGAGAGAGAGGGAAAAAGAGAAAGAAAGGGAGGAAAGGAGAGAGGAGGAGACACAAACGAAAGGAAAGAAAGAGAAGCAGAGGAUGAAUGGCCCCGGGAGUCAUCAGCAUCGUGGCUUGGGCGUGCAGGGACGUUACAGGGCCGUGGUGGCCAAUGGCGCUCCAUCAGGGCCUCACGCUCGCGCUCCGGCGCCGUCCCACCCCCGUAACGGAUGGCACCCUCACGGCCAGCACCAGCACCAGCACCAGCAGCAGCAACAGCAGCAGCAACAGCACCCCCAACAAUUCGCCGCCGGCAACAACAAGGAUUACCCGUAUCGGCAGUGUCCGCCACGAUAUCACAAUGGGGAUUGCCCUGGGGUUGGCACGUCCUCCGGACCAGCCGGCAAGGAAGUUUCCUAUCACGGGAACGUGGGUGGAACCAGCGUGGGAUACAAGCCACCCCCGCAGCACAGUCCGCAGACGAGGGGCCCGCCACCGCACUUCCCACAGGAGCCGGUAGGCCCGCCGGCCAAUUCCCCCCCCUUGCACAUCAAUAUCUGUGGACAGGAGAACACGAUGCGCGGUCCCAUAUUGAACAUGAGUCCCGGCCUUGGAGCCAGCGGGGUAGACAUGGAGUAUCGUAGAAAUUCUCAAGCCACAAACCAGCUACCUCUAAGCCCCGUACAGAUUCAACCGUCGCCGCCAUAUUACAGACAACCUAGUCAGGACGAUGGCAGAAAGAGCGAGUCGCCAUCGAGGAAACGUCGUCGAAUAUCUCGCAACGGUGCUGUGUCCGGGAUAGAGGUCCGGGAAACGACGCCUCCGGCUCCGACGCCACCCCUACAUACAACCCCGCCGCCCUGGGAAUUUGGAGGAGCGCCUCAACGGCGCUCCCCUCGCAAUCACAUGUCCACCCGCGGCAGUCCGACUGUUAGGAACCGUUAUCAACGGUACACGGACUCGUUCGGGCUCUCGUAUCCCUUCCUAUCAGGUCAUAAUCCUCAUCAAAGCAUCCACAAUUCCCAUCACGGCCUCCACAAUUCGCAUCACAACAUUCACAGCUCCCACCCCCACAGUCUGCAUAAUUCGCAUCACAACAUACACAACGCGCAUCAGGCGCAUCCCCAUCCGCAUCCGGCAGCAGGCGGCACGGGACACCACCCCGCGCAAGGUGCGAACGCUCCUGUAGUCGUUGACGUGGGUCAGGUCGGUGUGUCUGGCUUGGGGGUCGCCGUUAGCGGGGAACCCCUGUGGCAUCCGCAGCCGACAGGUUACAGGAUUCCGUGUCAGCUUCACAGCCUCUACGCGCCCCAUGGAACGCACCCGUUCGGACACUCGUGCCAAAUGACGCAUCAUCACAGUCACUAUCCUGCUACUCAUCCAACGCAUCCGGGUCACGGGUUAGUCGGAUCCUUGGUAGGUGCUCCUUCCAGAGGCUACCCGACUCCAACCGGUAAUCCUGUCGCGGCGCUGCAUCACACGCACGCGCCUCCACCGCCCGUCCACACUACCGAUUAUACUGCGCAUCAUCAACUGUCCCAGCAGAGAGAAGUCGAGCUGGAAUUGAUCGAGUCUCAUCAUCAUCACAGAGUGGGCGCCGCAGCUGGCGCACCGCUACCACUACCGCACUCGUAUUCGCCACCAGCUCUCACGCAGGUCACGACACCGCCGCCCAUAUUCCUGUCGGAAACGCGGAAUAGUCAACUGGAGAUGAUGCAGAACAGAACUCGACGAGUGACAUCGAACGUGCUGCGACGGCCGAGAUUCAGUAGGUGGCGAGGAACGACUCCGCUGCCAACCAUGACGUAUCCGGGAUAUCUAUUGCACUUCCUAGCGAUGUUCAGCAAUCCACCGCUGUCGCCGUACAACCAGGCGGAGUUGUCAUCGCCCGAUUCAGUGACGGAGAACUACGAGGCCCUGCUGUCCUUGGCCGAGAGACUGGGCGAGGCGAAGCCGCGGGGCUUGACUCGCGCGGAGGUCGAACAGCUGCCGUCUUACAAAUUCAAUGCGGAGACCCAUCAGGGUGAUCAGACCAAUUGCGUCGUGUGCAUGUGCGACUUCGAAGCGCUGCAGUCGUUGCGCGUUCUGCCAUGCUCUCACGAGUUCCACUCAAAAUGCAUCGACAAAUGGCUUAAGUCCAACCGAACGUGUCCGAUCUGUCGCGGUGACGCCGGAGAGUACUUCGGAAACAGCAGCGGUAGCAGUGACUGACGCCAAGUUGGCGAUGUGCACUAGCGUGAAACGUCGCAGCCCUCGAGAGUACUACUACACGUUACGGAGAUCCCGGCCGUCGCGUUACUGUUAUUCUGCGCGAAUCCGUGCUGUUGAACACACUUGUGCAGGAGGAACACCGCCGACGAAGGAUGCUCGCUGUUCGCCAGACAAGAGAAAUCCUCGAAGGAGCAACAACGCCGUCUGGCCGUCUGAAAAAAGUAGUGAGAAUAGUAGUUCGAUGUACGAUCUCGUUUUAUGAGAGAAGAGGCGUGUAAGCGGAGAUAUCGGAGUCGGGAGACGGUGCAACGCCCUUUCGAUUGCGUCAACGAGGAUAGCGAGAUAUGCAAUAAAAGCAAUCUAGCGAAGAGAAGGACAAAAUAGCCGAGAGACGUUAGGAUUCAAACGUUUCGUUAGGUUAUAGCAGAGAUUUUUCUUAUGAGAUGAAAAAAAAGGAAAAAACGAUGUUUUAUUUGGAUAUUGCCUUGUUUUUGUUUACAAAUGCUUCAGUUAAUAUUUUAACGCUCAUUAAAAUUAUUUGUAUCGCUACAUUUGCAUUAUUAAAUUUGUGUACAUAAUAUAUAACUGUAUAUGCAAAUAUCGCAACUUUCCAUUAACGUUCCAUUUUUUUAUAGUUUGUCUUUCAAUCCAGAGUAAUUGUACAUAUAUACAUACAUAUAUAUAUAUAUUCGCAUAAACACCCUUAUACAUAUAUGUGUGCGCGUACAAACCAGUGUUAGUUUUGUUUGGACCUAACCAAAUGUAGGACAUAAAUUCUUUUUGCAAUAGAAAAAAGUGUGUAUCAUCUGAUAAGGGAAAAAAAAGGAUCGUAACUGCCUACCGUUAGGCUCUUGUGUCUUUGUAGUAGAUCAGCUAAUUAUUUUAUAUUCUAGAAAUGUAUGUAGGUAAUUGAAAUUACUUGGCACCUUAAGUGCCGCGGGUAGAGAUUGUUGAAUUAUUGCACCAAAUGCCACGUGACUAUUUUACAGAAUAUCUAUAGAUCCGUGUCUCUGAUCCAAAAUUUGUUUUUUUUCCUCUCUCUCUCUCUCUCUCUCUCUCUCUCGACAAUUGUUAAUACGUUGAUUGUGUUGUUACUAAUGCGUGCUUCAUAUAGCGCAAUCGUGGGACAAUUAUUGCAUAUUACACGCACUUUGUGAGGUUUAAUUUAAGCGGUAUCUUUAAGCACGCGCGAAUUUGGGUGCAAUCUGCUUUUACCGGCCCCGAGAGAGACGACGCCUGGCACGCAAUAGCCAAGUGCACACACAAAAGAAAAUGAACGAAAAAGAAAAAUGUAAGGAUAUCGCUUCUGUUUCCUGCGUAUCUACCUCUAAUAGAAGAAACACAAGACGAUUCAUAUUUUUUUACAUACACAUCUCAUAAACAAUAAACAUACCUAUUAUAAGUGAAAGCAAGAGCAACUGCAACUAGAAAACUUAGAUAUCUCGAAAAACAUUCGGUAAAUGGAACUAAACGAUUAAGAUUUCGGGAGAAUAACGCGUACGCCCUAAAUGCGAAAUGCCGCGCGGAUAAAUAAAUUUUUGGUCGAAUGCGUUUGGGAAGUUUGAUACGUUAAACGUUUUAUUAAUUGUGUUUCUGCAGAAUUUUCGUGCAGGCGGUUGUAACGAUGGAUGAAACUUUGCCACACAACGAGCUGUGUGCUUUUUUUAGUUAAUUACCUUAACGUUUCUGUAUUCUGUACCUAUGCGAAAGGAUAGAUUGGAAAGAUUUGUUUAUAUUAUUGUUAUUUUAAGAUGUUUCUCAUGUAUAAUGUUAGAUAGCGUAUUAUGUUAUUGGCAAGAUAUGACUUGUUGAAAAGCGGUUUUCUUAUGUUUCGCAAAAUUAAAAUAAAAUUCAGGGGUAUGUAACUAUCAAUUUUGGCCCGAUUCAAUGGUGUUUACACGACUUUUUGAUGUGCUCCUUUCUGACAAAACGAUUCUUCCGUUCCAAUUUCACAAUAAUCAAAGAGAGAAGCUCGAAUAUGUGAUUACUCUGCGAACUGAAUAGACGUUUUUCAAAAGAAUAUAAUCUGGAGGAUCGAUACGACUCGUAUUUCGGUAUAUACGUACACGGAACAAGAGUCGUAGAAGACAAGCUACAGCGAAAGCUACGCUAUUGGCGUGUAUUUUAACGAAAACCGAUUUGACAGGGGUGCGCGACUUGUGUAUGUUGCGCGUUGUGUAUGUCUGUCCGUGUGUAUGCGCGUGCGAAGGAGCGUUUGCCAAGAUGCGUUUGCUUCUGUACAUUCUUUUCUCUCAGAUGUAGUAGUAACACGUGAAAGAAAGCUCCUUUAUGGUAUCCAUCGGGAUCCAUAAAGAUAUAUUUAUGCAUCGCAUUUUAUAAUUUAAGCUUUAAUAGCAUUAACUGAUAACACUACUAAUUGUGUUUCAUCACGAGAGUGCUGUCCACAUGAAUUGUACAUUAUUAUAUAUACGUAUCGAAUUACGUGAGUUACGUCUCCGUUGCAUUUUCCUUUUUCUCGUUUUUGCGUUUAGCCGUCGUCUUGUUUUUAAGCACACCCACCAGUAUCCGACACUGUGAAUUAUCGUCAAUUCGAGGAGGAAAUUCGCUUGCUAGCUGAUUAGUCGGAAUGUUGCCUUCUGGACGUCUCCCAACGUGUGUAGCGCGUGUCUGUCUGUCUGUCUGUCGCGUGAUCGAAACCCUCUUUACUCCAAGCGCGGAGACUUGGAUACUGGAGAAAAGCACAGAGAGCGUGAUGCCGCGAGAGUCAUGCUUCCUCAUUCUGGAUCUGUGUCCUUCCAUUCCUCAUUGCGUGCCUUUCUGUACACCGACCGACUAUCGAGAGACGGAGGAUAUUUAAGGGAUGAACGCGAGCGGGUCCGUUGUGUCGUACGCCCAUGGAGCACAGAGAGCGUUGAGAAAGAGAAUGUGGAAAUUUACAUUUUUAUACAUACCCAGCGAACACUUGAGGAUACCGAGACACUGCAGAUCUUUGUCCGGUGUUCCGUGAGCGCACUAAUGUACCCCAUCUAUUGUCUCAGACUUGCGUAUUCGUACUUGCAUCCGGCAAAUGCAUUCAGCGUUGAACGCUCGUGUAUUUGCGCUCCCCUCUAUCUGAUACGGGAGAUCUAUCUACGUGCUGCACACCCCCAUACGAAAAUUAGGGUGAGAAUGAGAUGUGUUGAGCGAGCCAAGAUGUGCGGUGUGUGAAUACGGGCCUCUUGCGAAGCAGCGUUGUCGUUACCGCUGGAAAGAGAUAAACUCGAAGAAAAGCGUACAACGCGCGAGCCUGUCCACGACGUGUCCACCUGCGAUAUCCAUUACCAUGUCACGAAACAAACGGCACAGGUGGGCUCUUCAACGCUAUUCUGUAAUACUUAAUCCUCUAAUUUGGACGCUGCUUCCUCGACGCGCCUGUACGAGGAGAGACUCCUCUCGGUUGACGUUUAUUCGCAGAUUGACAUAGUGAUAAUUUCGUUUCGUAGACCAGAACCCUCAGAGGAUCAAUAUCGAUUUUCGAUUCGAAAUCCAUGCAAAGAUUCGAUACACACCGAUAAUUGAUAAUGCGAACUAAUCUCCUAGGGUCGAUUAAUAAUCGCGGCCACUUUAGUGUAUGUGCAUCUACGUCGAAACGUGACGCACACAGAGAAAGCUGGCGCAAUAUCGUAGUAAUGAUGUGCCGCUCAUUUAGUCCACUUUGUGCUUAAGAUUCCCAUGACGACUAUCUCGACAGUGCGGUACUUGUUUCACACUGGCGACUUUUGAUCCUUGAGGAUUUCUGUAGUCAUUGUUGCCGUCUUUGGAAUAUUGAUCGUCUGAGCUGAUCUCUCAAGCGUAACUCGUCCGUGCAACCGCAUAUACGUAAUAAACUAUACUUUUUAGUAGUCAUAUACGGGUCCUAAACUUGUUGUCAUAGGCCGCCGCGCGGGAAGGCUUCUACCUUACAGAGAUAUCAAAAGUCUUGCAAAGGCAACGAGCGAGCGGGCGAAAGAGAGCACCGUUGAUCCCUUCUAGAUGCGUAAGAAGACAUAUCACUUUUUCAUUGCACUGAAAGAAAAGAAAGAAGGAAAGAAUAACGCGCUAUCUCGCGUGCCGUGCUCUUUCGAGACCUCUCUCUCUCAUUUUCGACUAGCUUGAGCUUCCGCGAACAAAACUGUGAAAAGGAACGUGCGCUCAAUGGAUGGGUAUCGUCGAAUCUAUGAUACGUAUUGCAAGUUUCACGACAAUUUUACGGAUAAUUAGUCAAUGCUCAUGAAUAAAUAGAUCUGCGCAUUUGAAUGUAUAUAUAGUCGAGUGCUCAUACACAUAUGCAAUAGAAUUAAGUAAAAUUAUGUUGUUUACACUGUUGUCACCUUUCGCUGCUAUUAUACUUUUUCAAUAUUGCCAAGCUAUAUGAGAACGUGACAUUUUUUCAAAUUAUGCAACAAGUUUUAUUAAAUUUACUACUUUAAAUAUACUUGGAGUUGUGUGUGAAAGUAUAACGAGAAAAGUUGGCGUGAAAAUAGGAGUAAAAAAAAACGCACACAUUUAAGCGUUAUCUGCAAAUGUUUAAAGAAUGAAUUUUAUUAGUUUGCAUUUUUCGCAUCUUGUUUGGUGAUUAAUUUCAGGAAUUUGUAGAAAAUAAUAUUUGAAAAUGAGAAUAACGUUGCCGGCAAUGUUGGAACGCGAAAGACUAAAUGCAAACGAUAAUGAAAAUUCUCUUUUAAUUGCGGCGGUUCUGACCCAUCCAACGCGGCGUUCCUUUGUUUUCUGAUAGAGCUUUAGAUUAAGCUAGUAUUAAUUUAUCGCUAAUACGUACGCAUUAAGUACACUUAAUGGCCAUUGUAUCAGUCGCAGCAAACAAAAGCACGAUCGGUUUCUGGAAUGUGUUACGAAACAAAUCAUCUGCAAUUUGCACUUUGCACUUUGAGGCAAUUUUUCUUGUUUGAAAAAAAGGAACAGGAGAUUAAAGUAACGCUUUGUUCUCCCUCUUUAUUGAACGUUCGAGAAAUCGAUUGUUGAACAGCACCAAAACUGAUUGUUCCAUGCUAGAAAAUCCGCGAGUUGUUUUCAAGCGUAACGAUAAGCCUGUGUACAUGUGUGUGUAAAUAGACAGGGCACGCAUUAUACGUUUAUACA